AUGACCUGCGAUCUCGUCUGGGACGGCGCAGACUUUACGCCGUGCUUUCGCGAGACGUACCUCGACAAUGCUGGUAUUGCUUUCGCCAGCAUCGCGGGCACUGUCCUGAUCAUUGCGGCCGCUUGGUCAAAGUUCAGGACACCUUCUCGCAAGACAACAAUUGAUGACCUCGUCCCUCCCGGAGGCGACGGCUUUGCGCGUCUUGAAGCCACAGUCUUGGUCGGAUCGCUCGCGGAUGUCGUGCUGAAUGAGAGCCAUGAGGGCAAGGAUAUCGGCUACGGCGCUACCAGCGUCACCAAGCCCCAGCGCGGUGCCCUUCCGCCCCGCGAGUCUGAAAAGGUCGUCAACGACUUCCGUCACGACCUCCCUGCGCGUGCAAGGCAAUGGGCCCGUGUUCACUUCUGGCUGGGACUGGUCGGCGCUCUGGCCUGGGCCGGAAGUGAGGCUGCCUGCCUGCUCGUCCUCGAUGCCGACUGGAAGCGCCUGGUCUACCCUAUCUUCAUGAUCCUCGUCGCCGCUACUGGAGGACCUGUCACACCCCUUGCGACUGUCUACCUCACUCCGUCGUUGCUCUUGUUCCGCACGGCCGCCAUUGGCGGUGAGACGUGGACCCUGGUGCCGACAGUCGUCGAGUUUAUUUGGUGGGCAGCGCUUAUCAGCGUCCCAUACUAUGACUCUCUCGACCGGCUUCUGGCGGGAGCUGUGUGCCACGGCGGCAUUGGGACUGGCGAGGGCGCGCCUGCGCACCUCGAGGAGCCCACCUCGGCAUUCUCGCGUGCCACGUACACUUGGAUCCUCCCAUUCCUCUGGAAGCACUACCGCCAGCCGCUCACCGGCAAGGACAUUCCGGGCCUGCGUGAAGAUGAUGGAACCGCCGCUGUUGUGGGCGGCUUCCGUGCGUUCCAGGCGAAACGCGACUACAAGUUUGAGAAGAAGCACGGUUCCACGCGGGUCAGGAGCUUCGGUGUCGACAUUGUUCACUAUUUCAUGCCCGAGUUCCUUCUCCAGGCUUUCUGGGCCGUCCUUUUUACGAUUCUCCAGUACCUCCCUCCUGUUGGUCUCCGCCUCAUCCUGCAGUACGUCGAGACCCGCGACACGAACCCGCAGCCGAGGCACGUCGCUGUGCUCUACAUUGCGAUGAUGGCCAUGGGACAGAGUGUCGGCGUGACGGCCAUUGGCCAGGCGCUCGCGAUCGGUCGCCGCGUGUGUAUCCGCAUGCGCUGCGUCAUUGUCACUGAAGUCUUCGCCAAGUCGCUCCGCCGCGAAGACCGUGGCGGCACCACCACGAAGGAAGGUGUUGACGAGUCGUCUUCCGAGGGCCGCAUCAACAACCUCGUCAGUGGAGAUGCGUUCAACGUGUCCGAGGUAGCCGCGUACACGUUCUACCUCAUCUCGUGCCCUCUUGGCCUCGUGGUCAACCUCAUCCUUCUCUACAACACGCUGGGCAUGGCGUCGUGGGCGGGUAUUGGAGUCCUCGUCCUCAUGGUCCCGGUUCAGACCCUCAUCGGCAAGCUCUACACCAUUCUCUCUCGUCGUCUCAUGGCUGCGACAGACAAGCGUCUUGACGUGGCUACGGAAGUUAUUUCGUUUAUCAAGCUCAUCAAGUACAACUCGUGGCAACAAAAGUUUUACGAGCGCAUGAUGGAGUCGCGUGCGGCCGAGCUCAAGGUCCUCGCUCAGGAGUUUGCGCUGUUUACCUUCUCCAACGUUAUCACCUGGGGUACUCCCGUGCUCGUCACUGGUGCGGCGUUUGGUACUCACGUUCUCGUCCUUCACCAGCCUCUCACGGCCGACCGUGCGUUCGCCUCGCUCGUCCUCUUCAACAUGAUUCGCGACCCUUUCGCCAUCCUCAUCGAGACUAUCACCCACAUCAUUCAGGCGUACACCUCGUGCACCCGUAUCCAAGACUUCCUCAACGAGCCCGACACUCUCAAGUACAAGCAGUUGUCUACGCCGGGUCCAUCCGACCCCGAGAUUGGUUUCCGUGACGCCCUCAUCGCCUACCCGGGCUCGGAGAAGGAGGCUACCGACUGUCAGGAUGAGGCCCAGCCGUUCCGCCUCGGCGAGCUUGACCUGUCGUUCCCCCAAGGCCAGCUGUCGCUCGUCACGGGCCCUGUUGGUUCCGGCAAGUCAACCCUCAUCCUGUCUCUCCUUGGCGAGACGGUCCUGCUCACUGGCAAGAUUUUCAUGCCCGACGACCGAGCCAACCGUGACCUCUGCCCCGUCGACCCCACCACCGGACUGUCCGACACUGUUGCAUACUGCUCGCAGACCGCAUGGCUCGUUGGUGCUACUAUCCGCGAGAACAUUGUCUUUGGCGCCGAGUGGGACCAGAGGCGUUACGACGAUGUCAUCUACGCCUGUGCUCUGGAGCGCGACCUCGAGAUCUUUGACCUGGGCGACGCGACCGAGGUUGGCGAGAAGGGAACGACCUGCAGUGGUGGCCAGAAGGCGCGUAUCGCCCUGGCCCGUGCGCUCUACUCGCCUGCCAAGACUGUUAUCCUCGACGACGUCCUCUCCGCUGUGGACGCCCAGACCGCCCGCCACAUUUACGUUCACGUUCUCCAGGGCCCGCUCAUGGACGGCCGUACGUGCAUCCUUGUCACCCACGCCGUCAACCUCUGUGUCCCCGCCGCGGCGUUUGUCGUCUCCCUUGAUGCCGGCCGCGUCGUUGCCGCUGGUACCCCCGCCGAGCUGGUUGCCUCUGGUGCUCUGGCUCUCGAACCCGGAACUCCGUCCGAGGAUGACUCGUCGUCCACCGUUGUGGACAAGUCGGUCAAGAUCAAGGACAUUGUCGAGGACACGCUGGACGGUGCCGAGCACGACGACCUUGUUGCACAGAAGCAUCACGACCAACAAGAGGCGGCCAAGGGCGUUGCGCCAAAGGAUGCCGCUGGCGACAAGAAGCUUGUUCAGGACGAAAAGGCCGAACAGGGUGCUGUUGGCAUGGGCACAUACGCUGUCUACUGCCGCGCACUGGGUAACGUGCCCUUCUGGCUGCUGCUCGUGGGCUUCUUCAUCGGAACACAGGCUCUGCAAGUCUUUACCAACGCCUGGGUCAAGGAGUGGUCCGAGGCCGUGAGCGACAUGCUCUGGCGCGGUGCCAAGCACGACUCGGUCUACUACCUCGUUGUCUACUUUAUCAUCUCGGGUCUGUACCUGGUUGGUAUUGCUGGCAGGAUGGGUUUCAUGUUUUACGGCUCGCUGCACGCCAGCAAGACAAUGUACAGCAAUCUCCUCAAGCGUAUCCUCGGUGCCAAGAUGAGGUUUUUCGACUCGACGCCUUCGGGACGCAUCAUGAACCGCCUGUCCAAGGACAUGCAGUCGAUCGACACGCAGACCUCUGAGAUUAUCGCCAUCUUCUGGAGCUGUGUGCUUAGCUGUGUCGCCGUCCUCUUCGUUGUCGUGUACACCACACCGGCAUUCAUGUUUGCGCUUGUUUGGAUCAUUAUCAUGUACUGGGUCGUGGGCACACUGUACGUGACCACCAACCGUGAGAUCAAGCGCUACGACUCGACUACGCGCUCGCCCCUGUUUGUCUCGUUCGCAGAGACCCUGGUUGGCAUGGGUACCAUCCGUGCCUAUGGUGACAGUGCCCGCUUCAUCCGCAAGCUCCUCGGCGAGAUUGACGCCAACAACCGCUGCUUCUGGUACAUGUGGCAGGCCAACCGUGUGCUCAACAACUUGUCCAACUUUGUCGGCACACUCGUGACUGUCGGCGCCAGUGUCCUCGCGCUCUCUGUUCCCGGCAUGAGCGCCGGUGCCGCUGGUCUGAGUAUCACGUAUGCCCUCUCGUUCACCGAGUCUGUCCUCUGGGUCGUCCGCAUGUACGCCAGCGCCGAGAUGGCCAUGAACUCGGUGGAGCGCGUGGCAGAGUACCUCGAGCUGGAGGUCGAGGAGGAGGAGGACUCGAAGGGUGUCGAACCCCCAGCCUACUGGCCCAGCAGGGACGGGUCCGUGGUGGUCGAGAACCUCACUUGCAAGUAUGCCCCCCAGCUGGACCCCGUUCUCCGUAACGUGUCGUUUACUAUUGCGCCUCGGGAAAAGAUCGGUAUUUGCGGUCGUACGGGCUCCGGCAAAAGCACGCUUGCCCUCUCCUUCUUCCGCUUCCUAUACCGGGAGAGCGGUGGGAUUGUUAUCGAUGGGCUCGAUAUCAGCAAGCUGAGUCUCAUGACGCUCCGUGAACGCCUCACCAUUCUGCCACAGGAGGCGCAGCUGUUCUCGGGCACCGUCCGCGACAACAUGGACCCCUUCACUCAGCACGAGGAUGUCGAGAUCUGGGAGGCGCUGCGACAGUGUGGCCUUUCGGGCCGCACGCCAGGUGCCUCGGCCGCGGCGAGCCGCGCCGUUAGCCGCGUCGCGUCCAAGGUGGAUGUAGCGGCCGAGGACGAUGUGGAGGAGCGAGUCAUGAUCCGUAGCCUUGACGAACAGGUGGCGGCUGGUGGCAAGAACUUCAGUCAAGGACAGAGGCAGCUGCUCGCGCUCGCUCGCGGCCUGCUCAAGCUCCGCACGAGCUCCUUCCUCAUCAUGGACGAGAGUACCGCCAACCUCGACCACGCCACCGAUGCCACUAUCCAAAACGUCCUUCGUACGGGCCUGGCAGACACGCAGAUGCUCGUUAUUGCGCACCGCCUGAUGACUGUUUGCGGUCUUGACAAAAUUCUUGUUCUUGAUCACGGCAAGGUCAUCGAGUUUGGCACACCAUGGGAUCUCCUUCAAGACGAAAACGGCAGUUUCCGUGACCUGUGUCGCCAGAGUGGAGAGGAGGCGCAGCUGUUCGAGCUUGCCAAGAGUGUGCAUGAGAGCAAGCAGGCUGCUGCUGCUAGAGCACCGUAA